AUGGAGAAGCUACAGGGCAAUUUCAGCACCACGAACAGCUCCCUCCCUAAGCCGACCCUAUACGCAGGGGGAUUUGUGCCUCUGGACCUUGAUGAAUGGACUUUAAUCAUUCCCAUCUUCCUGAUAUUAAUCUGUUUAUUAGGACUAGUAGGAAAUGUGUGUGUGAUCGCAGUUCUGCUUCACAAUGCCAGAAAAGCCAACCCUUCUCUGAUGCACUCCCUGAUCCUGAAUCUGAACAUCUCCGAUCUGCUCCUUCUGAUGUUCUCGGUGCCCUUUAGAGCCGCAGCUUAUUCAAGGUCCAGCUUAAACUUGGGCUGGUUUGUUUGUAAAACCUCAGACUGGUUCACACACACUUGUCUGUCUGCCAAGAGUAUCACCAUCGCUAUAGCUGCGAGAGCCUGCUUCAUGUACGCCAGCAAUCCUUCCAAGCAAGUCAACAUAGGACAUCUGACGAUCUUUGCGGUGCUGGUGUGUAUUUGGCUGGUAGCUGCCGUGCUCCCCCUGCCCGAAUGGUUCUUCACAGAUGCCAGGCAAGUGGAUAGCUCUUUCAUAUGCCUCAUGAACAUACCGGCUCAGGCACAAGAGAUGAUGGCCAUCUUUGUAAAACUUUACCCAAUCUUUGUCUACUGCAUCCCCUUCACUCUAGCGUUCUUCAAUUUCUGGAGAGCCUAUGGGCAGUGCCAACGGAGAGGGACUAAAACGCAAAAUCUUAGAAACCAGAUCAGAUCCAGGAGGCUAACUCUGAUGUUACUGAGCGUCACUGUCAGCUUUUGCAUCCUGUGGCUCCCCGAAUGGGUUUCCUGGCUCUGGAUUUGGCAUAAGCCAGUCAGUGGUCCAUCACCACCUCAAGCCUUUGUGACUUUGGCACAGAUCCUCAUGUUCUCUACGUCCUGUGUGAACCCUCUCAUCUUUCUGGUCAUGUCAGAAGACUUUAAAGAAGGCUUCAAGGAUGUGUGGAAACGGCUGACUUCCAAAAAAUCUUUAAAUGGCAAUGAUAUUCAGGAUCAGGGGGCACUGAAUUCUGAGGUCAUAGCAGAGUCCCCUUGUCCAGGUCCCGAGUCUCCUGAGCAACCUGAACCAACUGAUGGCAAGGUAGAACAGUCAAACUCUCAAAAUUUUGGAAGCCAGGACAGCAAGGAAAACCCAGUUUUUCCAGAUGUGGAGCAGUUUUGGCAUGGACGAGAAUUGGAUCCAUCUGAACAAAACAAUGACCCUAUACCAUGGGAGCAUGAGGAACAAGGAACAGAGGUGCCCAAGUCAGACACAAAACUUUAAGAAUAUUAACUUGAUUGACUGACCAGCUCCAUCAGGGCUUGUACAUCUUAACUGCACCCUACAGUAAUUUCCAGUGCC